UUUUACAACGUCCCCAGAAUGGUAUUACAGUAACAAUAUUAACAAGACUCGCAUUGCUGCUGAUGCCUUAAAUUUUAUAAGUGGAAAACUUCAAUGGGGGUGGUAUAUAUCACCAUCAUGUCCAGGAAGACUGAGACAUCGACUCAGCAAGGAAUCUGUUGCUACUCUGGUCAUCUCAAAUGUGACCAAACACGAUAAUGAGAAAUAUUCGUGUUUGCUGGUUUUAAAUACGGGACAGAACCCAAGAAGAACAACACAGCUGAUAGUAACAGUGUCCAUAUCUAGUCCUGGUCCGCUAACAAGAGAGGUUGGGCAAGAUGUGGUGUUCAUGGUUAAUGCUACCAACAUAGUGGGAGUCAACUGGGGAAUACGAGAUGGCAACACUAAGGAACUGAAACAAGGGCUUAUCAAAUACAAUAAAGCAGAUGGAAUACAGUUAGAUAAAAAGAUCAAUUCAACAAGUUACGCAGGAAGAGUCAGUUUUGUUGGUGAUAUGUCAAAGGGUCAGGCUUGGCUCAAGAUCACAAACCUGAACAUCAAUGAUACCAAUCAGUACAUGGCA